AGCCUUUGGCACAAUGAAGUGGGUAACCUUUACUUGCGUUCUCUUACUUUUCAGCUCUGCUUACUCCAGGGGCGUGUUUCGUCGAGAUGCACACAAGAGUGAGCUUGCCCAUCGGUAUAAGGAUUUGGGAGAAGAACAUUUCAAAGCCCUGGUGCUGGUUGCCUUUUCUCAGUAUCUCCAACAGUGCCCAUUUGAUGAGCAUGUAAAAUUAACAAAGGAAGUAACUGAGCUUGCAAAAACAUGUGCUGCAGAUGAGACAGCUGCAAAUUGUGACAAGUCACUUCACACCCUUUUUGGAGAUAAACUGUGUACAGUUGCAUCUCUUCGUGCCACCUACGGUGACAUGGCUGACUGCUGUGAAAAACAAGAACCAGAGAGAAAUGAAUGCUUCCUGAAACACAAAGAUGACAACCCAAACCUCCCUCCACUGGUCAGACCAGAGGCUGAUGUAAUGUGCACUGCCUUUCAGGAAAAUGAACAGAAGUUUUUGGGAACAUACUUAUAUGAAGUUGCCAGGAGACAUCCUUUCUUUUAUGCCCCAGAGCUCCUCUACUAUGCUGAAGAAUAUAAAGGAGUUUUGACAGAAUGCUGCAAAGCUUCUGAUAAAGGUGCCUGCCUGACACCAAAGAUGGAUGCUUUGAAGGAAAAAGUACUGACUUCAGCUUAUAAACAGAGAAUGAAGUGCACCAGUCUCGAAAAAUUUGGAGAUAGAGCUUUCAAAGCAUGGUCCGUAGCUCGCUUGAGUCAGAAAUUUCCUCAAGCUGACUUUAUGGAGGUGUCCAGAUUGGUGAACGAUCUUACCAAAGUCCACAGGGAAUGCUGCCAUGGCGACCUGCUUGAGUGUGCAGACGACAGGGCGGAUCUUGCCAAGUAUAUGUGUGAAAAUCAAGAAACAAUCUCCAGUAAAUUGAAGGAUUGUUGUGAUAAACCUUUGUUGGAAAAAUCUCAAUGCCUUUCUGAGGUGGAAAAUGAUAAUUUGCCUGCUGACCUGGCCCCACUAAAUACUGAUUAUGUUGAUGAUAAGGAUGUUUGCAAAAACUACAAGGAGGCAAAAGAUGUCUUCCUGGGCACGUUUUUGUAUGAGUACUCAAGAAGACAUCCAGACUACUCUGUCGCAUUGCUGCUGAGACUGGCCAAGGCAUAUGAAGCUACACUGGAGAGGUGCUGCACCACCGAUGACCCCCAUGCAUGCUAUUCCAAAGCGUUUGAUGAAUUUAAACCUCUUGUGGACGAGCCACAGGAAUUAGUAAAAAAAAAUUGUGAAGUUUUUGAACAACUUGGAGAGUAUGGCUUCCAAAAUGCUUUGUUAGUUCGUUACACCAAGAAAGCACCUCAAGUGUCAACUCCAACCCUUGUGGAGGUCUCAAGAAAACUAGGAAAAGUGGGAAGCAAGUGUUGUAAACUUCCAGAAGCAAAAAGAAUGGGUUGUGCUGAAGACUAUCUGUCUGUGGUCCUGAAUGCAUUGUGCGUGGCUCAUGAGAAGACACCAGUGAGCGAGAGAGUUACCAAAUGCUGCACAGAGUCACUGGUGAACAGAAGGCCAUGCUUUUCUGCUCUGGAAGGUGAUGAUACCUAUGUUCCCAAAGAAUUUAAUGCUGAAACAUUCACCUUCCAUGCAGACGUAUGCACACUUCCUGAGACCGAGCAACAAGUCAAGAAACAAACUGCACUUGUAGAGCUGUUGAAACACAAACCGAAAGCAACUGAGGAACAACUGAAAACUGUUAUGGGGGAUUUCACAACUUUUCUACAGAAGUGCUGCUCAGCUGCUGACAAAGAGGCCUGCUUUACUGAGGAGGGUCCAAAACUUGUUGCUUCAAGUCAAGCUCUCUUAGCCUAAGACCAACACAAUUACAAGCAUCUCAGCUUACCCUGGGAGAAAGAAGAGAAAUGAAGACCUG